AUAUUGCGAGGCUGCCUCCGGGGAUGAGGAGAAACCCCUGAGGAAGUGGUGUGGUCAUUGCUCCCAGAGUCUCCAUCACCUGCCCACUCUGGCCGGCUAUUUCUAUUGGCCUUUGGUCUACUUUACCAAGAGGCUAUGGAAGUAAAAAUAAUAAAGCAAGAAAAGUAGAUCCCUUUGGCUGGCUCAGUGGAUUUCUCCUGAAUGUACUGACAAUCUCCAAGGAAAAUGAACCCCUUGCUGGGCCUGGGCCUACUUUUGGCUGGCCUUCUCACUGUGGAAGGUCUUCUGAAGUCCGACUUCCCUCUGGGACCACAGUUUCGUGGACCUGUGAGCCAGAUCCAGUCAUGGAAGGGAAGGAGGGCAGCCCAGGAGCUCACAAAGCGAAACACAGACUUCAGCUGCAAACUUUAUAGGAAGCUGGCCUCCAAUAGUCCCAACAGGAACAUCUUCUUCUCCCCCUUGAGCAUCUCCACAGCCUUCUCCAUGCUGUCUCUGGGUGCCCAGGACUCCACCCUGGAUGAGAUCAAGAGGGGCUUCAACUUCAAGAAUAUGCCAGAGAGAGACCUUCAUGAGGGCUUUCAUUACCUCAUCUACAGGAUGAACCAGGGGAGCCAGCACCUCGAGCUGGACCUUAAAAAUGCCUUGUUCAUCGACGAGAAGCUGCAGCCACAGAAGAAGUUUCUGACAGAUGCCAAGAACCUGUACAAUGCAGACACUGUCCCCACCAACUUCCAGAACUUGGAAGAUACUCGGAAGCAGAUCAAUGACUAUGUCAGUCAGAAAACCCAGGGGAAAAUCAACAACCUGAUCAAGAAUAUAACCCCUGGCACUUUGAUGCUUCUUACAAAUUGCAUUUUCUUUCGAGCCAGGUGGCAACAUGAAUUUGAUCCAAAAGCAACUAAAGAGGAAGACUUCAUUGUGGAUGGAAACAAGCGAGUGAAGGUGCCCAUGAUGUUCCAUGGGGGCAUGUAUGAAGCCGGCUAUGAUAAACAGCUCUCCUGCACUGUUCUGGAAAUGCCCUACCAGGGCACCAUCACUGCCACCUUCAUCCUUCCUGACGAGGGCAAAAUGAAGAAUGUGGAGGUGGCCUUGAAGAGGGACACUCUUGACAGAUGGAAGAAAUUAGUCACACGAAGGGUCGUAGACGUGUCCCUGCCCAGGUUCUCCAUCACUGGUAACUAUGACCUGAAGAAGAUGCUCUCCUACCUGGGUAUCACCAAAAUCUUUGAGGAGCAUGGUCAUCUCACUCGGAUCACCCCUCAUCAAAGCCUGAAAGUGGGUAAGGCGGUGCACGAGGCGGUGCUGAAGAUGGAUGAGAAGGGUACAGAAGGUGCGGCCGGCUCCGGAGCCCAGACGCUGCCCAUGGAGAUGCCGCUCUCCAUCAAGCUGAACAAACCCUUUCUGGUGUUUAUUAGGGAUAGCGUCCUGCCCACCAUCAUCUUCUUGGGAAAGAUUGCUAAUCCUACUGGGGAAUAAGGGGGCGUUCCAGCUCCUUGCGGGCCCCAGCGGCAGCCUGGGACUGAAAAUGUUUCAUCUGCCUCAAAUUGGGAUCCCAGGACCUUUUAAUCUAAUCCCACAUCUUCAUGAGCUCCCAAGACCACCAUCCAAACAGGCAGCGCCGCUGGCUCUGGGAGCUCCUGUGCACCCCCACCCCGUCCCCAUCCUCCCUCAGCCCCCUCCCUGCCCGGUCCAGCGUCACUGGGCUUAGAUGCCCCACCCCCACCCACUUGGAUGGCUGUGAUCUUCUCUCCCCGGAGAGGCAGAGGGGCUUUGUGAUUUAAUAAACACCCCCAGUUCUGCUG